AUGGUGCCACACACUCUGGUCCUCAUGUCCCUGCUUCUCUGGGCCUCUGGUGCCAGUGGGGACAUUGUGCUGACCCAGUCUCCAGCCUCUCUGGCUAAGUCUCAAGGAGAAACGGUCACCAUCAACUGCAAGGCCAGCCAGAGUGUGAGCAGCUACUUAAACUGGUACCAGCAGAAGCCAGGACAGGCUCCUAAGCUGCUCAUCUACUAUGCAUCGGACCGGGCAUCUGGGGUCCCUGACCGGUUCAGUGGCAGUGGGUCUGGGACAGACUUCACUCUCACCAUCAACAACUUCCAGGCUGAUGAUGCCGCAGUUUAUUACUGUCAGCAGGAAAAUAACAAACCUCCCACAGUGCUUCAGCCUCGAACACAAACCUCCCUCCGAGGGCUCCAGGCCAGUGAGUCUUCACUGCACCAGCUGCUUCCUUUCUGCUCAGCCCUGAACAUGCACGCUUCCUCCGUCUGCCCUAAAGACCACAUCUCCUGGCCCCUCCAACACCAGGCUGGCUGCUCAGACACUAUAAACAGGGCCUUUGCUAUGGGAGCUGAUCUGCAUCAGGCAGGCAGGGGCAGCAAGAUGGUGCCACACACUCUGGUCCUCAUGUCCUUAUUGCUUUUGGCCUCUGGUGCCAGUGGGGACAUUGUGCUGACCCAGUCUCCAGCCUCUCUGGCUAAGUCUCAAGGAGAAACGGUCACCAUCAACUGCAAGGCCAGCCAGAGUGUGAGCAGCUACUUAGCCUGGUACCAGCAGAAACCAGGACAGGCUCCUAAGCUGCUCAUCUACGAUGCAUCCAGCCGGGCAUCUGGUGUCCCUGACCGGUUCAGUGGCAGUGGGUCUGGGACAGACUUCACUCUCACCAUCAGCAACUUCCAGGCUGAUGAUGCCGCAGUUUAUUAUUGUCAGCAGGGUAAUAACCCACCCCCCACAGUGCUUCAGCCUCGAACACAAACCUCCUCCUGAGGCCUACAGGCCAAUGAGUCUUCACUGCACCAGCUGCUUCUUUUCUGCUCAGCCCUGAAAUUGCACACUUCCACCGUCUGCCAUAAAGACCACAUCUCCUGACUGAUUCCUUGCAGUAUGUGCAGAUUCCAGGAGAAACUUAAGGGAUGUGGCUUCUUCUGGAUCCUCUUUUGUGGGAAAUUAUAGAAAAAAGAAUGCUCUAAAAAUCUCUUGUAGGCUUUGUCAGGAGUUUUCAUAACACAGGAACCUGGUCAUUUUACAAGGAUAGAUCACAUGACUGGUUUGGGGAAGGGUCCAGUGAGUUUUAUACCCUGAAUAGUUCUGUCUUCCUUGUGCCUUCUUUACUCUAGAGAAUCCCCAUUUUAAUUCCUUAUUUUCCUGGACCCUUUCCUUUCUGUGCAAUUACCCCUCGCAGCUCUGGACCUAACCCAGUAUUGAAUCUGUGCCCUUCGUGUUUAAAAUUUCCCUCACAGAAGGUGAUCUUCCUCUCUUACUUUUUCCUUCCAUGGAUUCUCUUUUCCAGCCAAGCCUUCCUGGGCAAUGUCAAUGAAGGUGUUUUCCUGCUCUAAACUCCCAUUUUACUGCCCUUUUCUCCUCUCUCCAUUUCUUUCAGUGGCACUCAU